CUCCACUGGCUUUUCCUCAAGACUUCUCUACGAGGUGGGAAGGCUGCUGUUUGGAUAGCAGGGUGGUGGUGGUGGGGGGAUUGAUGGAGGCAGAGCUUCCCCUCUGUCUCUCUACAUCCCAUUGCAUUGAGAAAUAAUUGAGCGCAGUGAAAGCCGAGCAUUCAUUCAAGGACCUUUACUGGCGCUGCUGAAGCCUGGAGGCUCAGUAGUGAUUCAGCAGCGGAGAGGAAAUAAAGGAGGAAAAAAGAAAGACAGACAGAACGGAAAGAAGUGAAGGAAAGGAAAAAAGAAGAGGAGGAGAAGAGCGUGAGCUGCGCGCUGGAUUGGAGUUCAUUGCUGAACAACAAAACCAUGCAAAGGAGGAUUUUUUUAAACCGAUGAAACUUCUGCUCUCUCAGCUAAAACCUUCAGUUUUUACUCAAAAUUCACCGAAACACGAGUAAAUUCGGAUUUCACCGGAUUUCGCGGAUGCGUCGAGCGCACCGGACCUAUCCAGGGGUGUAGCCGCGGUGCUUCUCGUGCGUCUUUGCGCUGGUAGAGGCUGUGAGUGAGUGUGUGUGUGUGUGUGAGAGAGAGAGAGAGCUGGUGGAGGAUCAGCCGGAGUGGCCGACCAGUCAGAAGGAUGCUGGAGGGCAAUGCCUGCAGAAAGAGAGGAUGAGAUUUGUCGAAAGGCGCUGGAACUGCUUUCCGACCUGUGCUCCAAGGGAGAGGUGCAGGACGACAACUGCCUGGAUUUCAUUUAUUACUUCAGGGACUUGGCCAGACCGCGUUACACGGACUCAGAUGUAUCAGUGAGUCUGUUGUCCCUGCUGGUGACCACCUGUGGUCUGGCUCUCUUCAGUGUCUCCCUCUUUGUCUCAUGGAAGUUGUGCUGGGUGCCACUGAGUGGCCGUUUCCUCCCAGAUGUCCUCAAGGGGGCACACUUCCUGGGAGGAGACCAACAGCCUGUCCUCACAGAGGUGGACGGGGAGGAAAGGGAGUACAGCGAGGAUGGCUGUGUGAAGGAGCAUUCAGGGCCACCCUCGGCUGUGGCUGUCCCAGAGUCAGCCCUAAAGAUUAGCCACACAUCGCCUGACAUCCCGCUGGAGACCCAGGCCAAGGUGGAGAAAAACCAGGUCCACACUCUGGCCAGGGACAGGGUCCAGAGACAGAUUACUGAGCCUACCUCAUCUGUACGGCAUAACUCCAUCCGUCGUCAGAUGAACUUGUCUAAUCCGGACUUCAACCCUGCUCAGUUCCAGCGCCAGGAGUCUCUGUCUGGUUUGGGUCGAAUCAAACCAGAACUCUACAAGCAGCGCUCGGUGGACGCAGAAGAUGGUCGUCGCACGGAUAACUGCGGGCGUCUCAACUUUGUCCUGAAGUUUGACUUUGACAUUGAGCAGCUGAUCGUGAAGAUCCACAAGGCCCAGGACCUUCCUGCCAAGGACUUCUCAGGGACCUCCGAUCCUUACGUCAAGAUCUACCUGCUGCCUGACCGCAAAACCAAGCACCAGACCAAGGUGCACCGCAAGACACUCAACCCAGUGUUCGAUGAGGUGUUUCUCUUUCCUGUGGCGUAUGCCGAGCUGUCGAGCCGUAAGCUGCACUUCAGCGUCUACGACUUUGAUAGGUUCUCUCGCCAUGAUUUGAUUGGCCAAGUGGUGGUGGACAACUUCCUGGAUCUUGCUGACUUUCCCCGAGAGACAAAACUGUGCCGGGACAUACAAUAUGUAACCUCGGACAAUGUGGACCUGGGAGAGCUGAUGUUCUCGUUGUGCUAUCUCCCCACGGCUGGCAGGCUCACCAUCACCAUGAUCAAAGCUAGAAAUCUCAAAGCCAUGGACAUCACUGGCGCUUCAGAUCCAUAUGUGAAAGUGUCCCUGAUGUGUGAAGGCCGGAGGCUAAAGAAGAGGAAGACGUCAACCAAGCGUAACACUCUGAACCCGGUGUACAAUGAAGCCAUUGUGUUUGAUGUUCCUCCUGAGAACAUCGACCAGAUCAGCCUGCUCAUAGCUGUCAUGGACUAUGAUCGGGUCGGACAUAAUGAGGUCAUUGGGGUGUGCAGGGUGGGCAAUGAGGCCGAGAGUCUGGGGCGAGACCACUGGAGUGAGAUGCUUACAUACCCACGGAAACCCAUUGCACACUGGCACCCACUCAUAGAGUGGGUCGGACAGGGAGCGGUGGUCAGUGGAAGCCAAGGAGGAUCCACCAAUUCCCUGAAGACACCACCAUCGCCAUGACCACACACACACACACACACACACACACACACACAUACACAGAGCCUCAGGAUGGUAGAAUGAUGGAUGAUGGACCUGCAGAUAGUCCUGCUGAAAUGUUAAAACAUACAGUACAAGAUGUGACUAACAAGUGACUAAAGUAGUAACAUCAGCUAAAAGCCAUUACUCAAACUGGUGUGUCGUUAGAUUGAAAAAGGCGUUAGUGUGCUAAGACUUACUUCCUCUUGUCUUCACAUUCAAGAACCACUUAACUACAUUCCAACUGACCAACUACAGUACUUUCAUUCGUCAUUUUGAGUUGUUACUGACAGUAUUAACAAGUUGAGAUUGUCAAGCUUUUUUUUUUUUAGCAAAUUGCUGUUUGUGGACCAAAAGCAUUCAUUUUUAGGCCAACGUGCAAAGCUGUUACUUGUGAUUUGUGUGAGUGAUCAGCUAUCAUAGAUACAGUAAGAGUUACAUGGUUGAGGUUAAAGAAGUAGAAAUGACAAAGAGGGCAUUCCUGUUCAGAUCAACAAAGUUUCAGCUCUUUUGAACUUUGUUUGUGAAUUUGUUUGGCUGUUGUGUUGAACAUGCAAACUUCUAAUGCAUUGGUAAAGCGUUGCCUUCAUUUUGUGGCAGCCACAGCAGACAUGAACAAGGAGAUUUUCUUUCUUAGUUUUACUUCUAUGGGCGACUUUCACACAGAACACGUCCUCUAAAGAUGUAAACUGAAGAGGAUUUGCUCCAAGAAUGUGUAAAGCAGCUGACAAAGGAAACAUGAAGUGUUUUAUUUACUGCAUGGUAAAUUGUCAUACUUUGUUAACAGGGUGUGGUCAAAAUAAAGGAAACACAAGUGUUGCUGGUGGCAGUGAAAGUGGCAUGUUUUUCUGGCAAAAGGGCAGUCUGCUGAUCUCCUGUCAUUGCUAAUCUCUAAGUACGCCAAGCUAAUGAAUCUCAGUAAUGAGUUUGGGCUUCUAAGUUAAAGGAUAAUUCUGGUUUAUCAAGCAGCAUUGAUUGCCACUUGGAGGCAGUAGAACGAGCUGUAAACACACCAUUGACAUAUUAUCACCUUACAGAGCUGUUAUGGCAAACAUGUUCGUAAGGAUUUUCCUAUUUACACAUCCAGCAGACAUGGAGCAACAUUAGCAUUAAUUUGGAGUCAUGUUUCUCACCACCUGACAAAUGAAAGUCCAAUUUUCACUCUCCUUUUAGCUCUGCUCUGUCUCCACCAUCUCUUGAUGGGCAUUUCUGGCUCUUUAGCUGCUAAAUGCUCCUCUAUCUUCACCAGCUAGUUGCUAACUAUGUCUGCCAUUUGGUGCUUGGCAGGUAGUGUACUGUGGGUUUAUCAGAGCUGUUCCACUGAAAACAGCUGGCCGCUGUUGCUGGAAUUGAGGUUGAUGAGAGUGGUGAGACUAAACCAAAACAGUAAUGUUGCAGGCUCCAAAACAAUGAGCUUAAAGAUGCUAAACUGACGCAUUGAGAGAGAACUGCAGAAUCGGGUGAUUAUUGUCUCUCUAUUUCUAAGAAUGACACCGUACAUGUAAUAUGUAAAAAUAGAAAUUACUGCAGAUUUAAGUGUUGCAAAUUCAUAUACAGAUUUGAUAUUAAUUAAAUUAUGUGCAACUAAUUGACUGGGGCUUUUAGUGACCCUGGGGUUCUGGGGAGAAGAGGCAAACCCAAUGUAUUACCUAAACUGUAUGUUGUAAAUAGUUUACAGACUAACUUCCUGGUUCAACUUUGGCCUACUGUACUUGCCUCGGUUGUGCACACAUAGUUUUCCUGUGGAAUGAGGCAUUAUUAGCAACAUUUCUGGUGCACUUUCUUUUGGAGGUUUUGCCUCUAAAUAAAGUGGUUUAGAUAUUCUGGAUAAACUGUUGGCUUGUUUACAACCUGUCUGAUAGUCCGACUGCUUGUUUUUUUUAAAUCAAACAUCAUUCUUAUCAAACCAGUGGGUAACUACUUGUGCCUUUUUGACAGGGGCUUUGUCAUCGUAAAAGGCUCCCAUUUAGAAAGACAAAUAAUGAAGAUGAUCACGCAGAAUGAUGUUGUCAAUAGUGAUGUCUUUCCUUUGCAUGAAAUGAGUGACUGGAUUGUUUCCAUUCCUGAAAACACACUUGCAGCAGCCCUAUCCUAAUGGGACUUCAUGUUUUUUUUCCUUUGAUUUAGACCACACCCUGUGGUUAUUUUAAUUAGCCAGUGUUUGUUUUUUAAAAUUCAGUUUAAUACCAGUAUUGUUUAUGUCUUUGUAUUGGACACUGUCACAAAUAACAAUGACAAAUUCUUCUGUGUUUGUAGGUACAAUGCAUGCAUCAUUUUUCUGUGAGUCAUUUUUAAAUCUUUCUCCUGUUGUGAGAUACUAAUCAAACUGUAAACACAAGAUGUAUUAUGAACCUAAGGCAGACUGUGUAAAAUGUCCAUUCAGAUGUUAUUAAUAAAUAUUUCUAUAUAUAA